AUGACAUUCACAAUCCUUGAAGUUACUCCGGAUCAUGCCGUUCAUCUGAUUUCAAUGAUUCAUGUAAGUAAUUUUUCUGUUGCUAAAAACAUAAGAACAUACUUCAGGAACUUGCGGAGUUCGAGAAAAUGAGAAGUAGUGUAACCAACACUGAAGAAAAACUCCGACGCGAUAUCGAGAAUAAAUCGGUUCACGGUUUCAUUGCUUUUGAUGGAGAUGAACCUGCUGGAAUGAAUUUGUAUUAUUAUGCCUAUUCAACUUGGGUUGGACCAGUGAGUUUCUAGUAAAAUUGAAUUUUAUAUAAAGUUUGAAAUCUUGCAGUAUCUUCACAUGGAAGAUUUGUACAUUCGUCCACAAUUCCGUCGUUGUGGACUUGCCCGAACUCUCUGGAAACGUCUUGCAAGCGUGGCAAAAGCGAAGAAUAUCGAAAGAUUGGAGUGGACUGUUCUUGAUUGGAAUACCAAUGCGAUCGCCUUGUAUAACACUGUUGAUUAUGCAAAUUUGACAAAAACCGAGGGAUGGUACACUUUCCGUAUGAAUCAAGAAAAUAUCGAGAAAUUUGUAAAUGAAGCUUGA